AUGAGUACUAGAAAGCUACAACAAGAGUUCGAUAAGACGAACAAAAAAAUUGCGGAAGGAUUAACAGUUUUCGAUGAUAUUUACGAUAAAUUGAUGACGACUGAAAUUAGUUCCCAGAAGGAAAAAUUGGAAAGUGACUUGAAGAAGGAAAUCAAGAAGUUGCAGAGACUGAGAGACCAAUUGAAAACAUGGAUUAGUGACACCAGUAUCAAGUUAGAUAAAAGUUUAAUUCAAGACAACCGUACUAAAAUUGAACAUGCUAUGGACCAAUUCAAAGACUUGGAGAAGUUGUCUAAGAUCAAACAAUUCUCCAACGAAGGGUUGGAGUUGCAAAGCCAGAAGACAAAGUAUAACAAAUUCACGGACCCCGAAGACGCGAAGAAACAAGAAGCUUGUAAUUACAUUGGCGACAUAAUUGAUCAGUUGAACCAGCAAAACGAGUCAUUGGAACUGGAGAUACAUCUGCUUGCCACUCAGUUGAAGAAAACCAAAUCUGCAAACUCAUAUAGUGUGCAAUCUUCGAUUGACGACUGUAAGUAUAACGUGGAAAGGAAUAAUAAUCAUUUAAGUAAAUUGGAAAUGAUUUUGAGAAAUAUAGAAAACGAGAACUUAGAUCCUGAACGUGUGGAUGAUAUUAAAGAUGAUUUGGAAUACUACGUUGAAAAUAACCAAGAAGAUGAUUAUGUUGAAUAUGAUGAUUUCUACGAUCAACUAGAAAUGUCUGAGGAGGACGAUGUUCAAGCUGGACAAGAUGCGAAUGAAGAUAAUGAAACAGAAGUGAAAGAAGGACCGAAGGAGGAACCCAAGGAAGGACCAAAAGAAGAACCUAAAGCAGAACCUAAAGCAGAAAAAACUGAAACUAAGCCAGAAGCGAAAACGGAAUCUAAACGUGAACCUAAGCCAGAAAUCAAAAGUGAGGCAAAGAGUGAACCUAAAUCGUCGAAUGAGCCUGCAGCUACUGCUGCUAGUACUCUUGCGAGAAAAGGAAAGCCUACAGUUGUACCAGCGGCAAAUCCACCACCUCUUAAUACGGCGCAAUCAUACUCAAACAUUAUCAAGGCAUCUAUGUCAUCUCCAGCAGCUACAAAAGUCCUUCCACCGGGAUUAAACCAAGCAAAGUCAUCAACAUCGUCACCACAACGCACGCCACAGAAACUCCACCAAGUAGACGACAGCAAAAAGAGAGUAGCUUCUCAAACCCAACAUAUUCCAUCCACGCAGCCAGAAACUAGAUCCGAGACGCAGCUGCCAAUUUUAAAUGUAAAUAAACCUAUCUUCGACACCGUAAACAGGCUAUCAACUUUACCCCAAUCGAGGUUACACAAUCCAUUACCAUUCCAAUCGAUCGUUCUGUUGUUAGAAUCAUCUUUACUCAACUGUCCAGACUCAUUUGACGCAGAGAAACCAAGACAAUACCACCCCACAAGCAUCCAUCCAUCUUCGGUGGACUACCCUCAGGAGCCAAUGUAUGAGUUGAACUCGAGCCACAUAAUGAAGAAGUUCGACAACGAUACCCUUUUCUUUUGUUUUUACUACAGUGAGGGAAUCGAUAACCUAGCCAAAUGGAAUGCUGCACAGGAGUUGAGCAAACGAGGCUGGAUUUUCAACACUGACGUGAAGCAAUGGUUCUUAAAGGAUAAUAAGAACGGAGGUAAAAAUAGAUCUAUGUCCAUAAUACAAAAGGAAGAAGACGAACAGGACAAGCAAGAUGAUUCUGCAAACAAAGAAGAGAACUAUAAGUAUUUUGACUACGAGAAGACGUGGUUAACUAGAAGAAAGGAGAACUAUAAAUUUGGUCAAGAUAUCAGGGAGACGUUUUAA